CGUGAUGGUCGGCAGGCACUGCAAUAUUAGCUCCCUUUCACUAGAAACGAUCGGCGGGGUCCUCCACUGUUCUUUGAUCUUGCCCACGGGUGCACUAAUGGCUGUCGGACUAUCAGAAGAAUGGAUGCAAAAUGACGGACAACUCCUUUCUACAAUCAUCAUCAUCAUCAUCAUCUCUCAGUCACGAUCUCGGGGACGUGCUCGGUAUGGACGCCAUGUUCCCGACAGGCGGCGCUAGUAGCGGGACAUGCCGCGAACCGCGACAUCGAUCGCAGGUGCACGCGCGAGGCGGCGGCCAGGUGCCAGAUAGCAGGUGCGCCUUGUCUUGCAGUGCCCGCCACCAGGCUGGCGGCUGGCCACAUCACCACCAUCACCACCGGGGGCAGCAACGACUUUACCGAGGAAGCAGAUGGACGCGUUUCACGGGCCCUUUGCAUCUCGUGUUGUCUCUGGUCUUCACUCGCUCUCCCAGACUUCCAUCUCCCACUCGAUGGUGUCCUGCAAGCAGGGAGAAUGCUUUUCGGCUUUUUUGGAACAUCUGGCGAGAAGUUCUGCAAGUUUGGCGACGUCUGACAUGAGAUUCUGUUAAUUCUUUGAAGUAUACCGUGAUAUAAUGUUUGUUUGAUGAGGUUCUUACAAAGUUGAAAAGUUGGACUGUUGAAGUUGUUGAAUUUAUACAAAGCUGACAACCAAGCGCCAUAAUAAUCACUCAGCUUUCUGAAUUCCUUUUUCACGAAUUUCUAAGCAUCGAUUCUUUUGCUGACGAUCGACGAGCUGAUGCUGAUUGUGAGCGGCGACCGUGACCUCAUCAAUACGUUAUCAUGCCGUUAGACUGCGGUGUAGCACCACCUCCCCCCUAAAUCAAGCUGAGUGACGUCACGCAUAGAUGCUGAUCUACCAGCGAGUCAUGGCCCGGUGACCCGGCGAUUGGAGUUUUUAUGACCUGUGCUGACUUCUAUCAAUAAAAUUAAUCCCUAACGAAGGGUGAGGUGAGGGGAUCGAGCGUGUUGUGAACCAAGCCGUGGACAAAGGUGAACGGCUGUCGGGUUGUGCGGGUGGCUGUGCCGUGGAAGAUGUCAGCCUACUGGGGCAUGGAGCACGUGGCCCGCUCCCGAGGACGGCUGCAGAGGACCCGUAUGGUGGAGGGAAGUCAAGAGCACGCGGACUGGGGGCUGUAUUUUCCGGAGGCCACAGGAUCUCGCCAAUCACCUAUCGACCUGGUGUCAUGUGACGCUCGAUACGAAGAACUAUUGGCUAACACGCCUUUACAGUUCAGCUACUUCACGUCCCGGGAGACGGACAUCCUCAACAAUGGCUACACUCUGGUGGUGUUUCCACGAGCCAAGCAAGCCAUGUCGGGUGGGCCGCUACCCCGUGGUAUGGAGUACGAGCUGGCAGAGAUGAGGUUUCACUGGGGCCGCGAGAACGGACGGGGCUCGGAGCACACGGUCAACAGCAAAGCCUUUCCUAUGGAGGUGCAGUUUGUACACUGGAACACACGAUUGUACGAAAGCUUCGAGGCAGCAGUAGGUCGUCCCAACGGUAUUGUCAUCGUGUCGCUCUUCACGCAGCUUGGGCGCGAACACCACGGGCUGAAGCUGAUAACCGACAACCUGGAGGAUGUACAGUACAAGGGUCGACAGAAGACAAUGACAGCUCCAUUCAAUCCGGGUUCUUUCAUGCCGGAUCCUAUGCUUCGUGAUUACUGGACGUACGAGGGAUCCCUGACAACUCCACCAUGUUCUGAAAACGUCACCUGGAUCUUAAUGCGGUACCCGCUCAUGGUCUCCUACCAGCAGAUGGAGGAGUUCCGGCGUUUGAAGACGCACAACAGGGGAGAGCAGCCGCGUCCUGGUGACGACGGCACCAUGGCCGACAACUUUCGCCCCACACAACCUCUUAACGGCCGCGUGGUUCGAGCUUCGUUUCAAUACUGAACCUUCAAACAGCAUCUCAUUCCCUGUGACAUGCGAAGGCUUACGGAGCUUUUGCGUGAUGUCACAUUUUAGCGACAAUAACCAUUUCUCUAGUUCCCUCCCACCCAUCUACCCCUUCCAUCUCUGCGCGCGAACAUGUGGUUGUUUGUGCGAACGGGGGGGGGGAAUGGAAGGAAGCAAACAAACCAUGUCAACAGGAGUUGCUAAAAAUUAGUGUUGUCUGAAAAGUGUGCUUUUUCCCCCCUCUACGAUAGUUUUGGUUAAUAAUUAUUAUGCGAAAAUGUGAUAUCGUGGAUACAAUAUUAAUUAUUGUGUUCGUGAGUACAAAAGGUCAUAUUUGUACUUUCUUUUGAAACCAGAAGUGUUCGUGACAAUAUUUAAUUCUUGCUCAUGUUGCCUUUUGUGGACAAAGAUGUCCAACGGAGGUGUUUGUGAAAAUACAGCUGUGCUCCAGCUCUUGAAUUUUGUGCAGCGCCGAAAAGAAACUGUCGUGUACUUCGAUUUUAGAGAUGUCAUCCCUUAAACCACGUUUCAUUUGGUGUUAUGUGAAUAUCCAUAUUGGUAAAGUUUCUACAUCUUUCAUGGUUUGAUGGGGUAAUCUAGCUCUGUCAUACAGAAAUCAAGUUAUUUCCAUGGGGAGGUAUAGGCUGUCCCAGAGCGCCACAGUGAAGAAUUGGUUUCACUCUCUCUCUCUCACCACAAACUUGUAUUACUGGACUGCUGGCAGACAAUUUUUUUUCCAGUUAACCACUAAAACGAGGCAUGAGACUACAAAGCUUACGGUUUAGUCACAUUCAUUGUUUAGGGUCGCCAAGACUAACAGCGGAGAACUUCGCAAGAGGCUGUGUUGGUCUUGGCAGACAAGACAGCAAUCCACCUAUAUACACAUCCUUGCUCUCACAUACAACACAGACGCGUGUAGGUGGACUGCUGCCUGUAUCACGAACGUUUAUAGGUGGACUGCUAUAUCUGUCUGCCGAGACCAAAGCUUAGCCUCUUGCGAAGUUCUCCGCUGUUAGUCUCGGCGAGCCUAAACAAUGAACGUCACUAACCCGGAAACUUUGUGCACACCUGCCUCGUUUUAGUAAACAAAAAAAAAAAAAAAAAAAAGAAAAAAAUCAUCUGCCAGCAGUCUAGUAAUACAAGUCCGCACAUACAGUCACACGCGGCGAGCACAACAGCUGUUCGCCUGUGUAGAUGUUUCCAUAUCUGACAUUAUUGGGGUGGAUUGCGAGGGCUCGUGUUGUCCAGUCCACCCACCGGUUCUAUUUCAAACCAAAGUCUUUCAACAAGAGAAACGGUGGAGGGACCAUCUUGAGUUCAUUUUAUUUUUAUUAUUUUGUUGUGGAUUAGUUUUGUUUUUUUGGAUGGGUGGGUGGGGGUAGAUAGUAGUCGGCACUGAACAUCUUGAUUUCAUGGUAUACUGUGCAGAUAAAGAAAGACUUGAGGGUUGGGACAAGAAAACCAUUUUAUUCACUGUCAUGUUUAUGAUGCUUUCCGUGUCCAUCGCUACACAACUUUGCAGGUGUUUUUCUCCCCUUAACAACAGCUGCUAUUCCUAUGCUGUUGCAGCUGCUAAAAGUAAACAUUGUUUAUCCAGGUUCAGCCAAAGCUUGCUUUUGUCAAGAUGUGUUUUAGUGACAGGUACAUUUUAUACUUAGUCAUAAAGCUUGUGCCAUAGGUCUCUUGGGAAAGUUGUUCACUACGUCGUCUUGUAUUUAUGAAGGGAAGGAAGAUCAUACUGGCAGAUACUCCUCAGUCACAUGACACAGGCAUAAUUAUGAUCUUUUUGCAUUCCAUGAAACAGAUAUUGGCCUAACACUUUUGUAAAAAUAAUGUAACAGCACAUUUAUUCACUAUUGCUUAAGUCCACAUAAUUACAUGAAUGAAGCCCUCUUACAAUCACAUGCAAAAUAUAAAUUCCUGGGGAUCAACAUGAUUUGCCAUGUAUUGACUUGUAAUUAGUUGUAUCAGAGUUAAUGUUAGUCUGACAGCAAAAGUUCUUUAUUACCUGGAGGAAGAAAAAGUAAACAUCUCAGGAUGUGACUCAAACUACUGCAUCCUGAUGAUCAUCAAAGACAAAAAUGAUAAUUUUCAUCAAUACUGAAUGAAUGACUUCCUUUCAGGAAAGAACUGAUGCAGAAAUUAUAUACUGUCAGACUAUUAGCACUGUAGAACAAACAGGCACUCCAAGAUCAUGUUAGUGAAAAUCUUUGAUAAGUUACAAGAAAUCACCAUUUGACUUGUAGCACACACAAAAAUUUGAAAAUUAUACAAAAAUUGCUGGUUUUGAUUUACACCAUGAAAAUGUAUGUAACAAAGAAAAGAACACAUCUUUUGACCUUUAGCUCAAAUCUGCAUAAAAGAAUACACGGACACUUCUGUACAUACGUGAAUCAUCCAUAUACGCAUAAUAAGGUACACAGACUUGCUUUCUUCUGAUGCCACAUGCAUGCUAGUCAAUUUUUUUUCUCGUCUGUCACAACUGUUCAUCCAAAUGUACACACACAGACACGUGCACUUGCUAAACUAAGGAUUUUUUGUGUAUAUUUCACAAAUUUGACAAAUCAAUCUAGCCACACACACUACUUUCUCAUACUACACCAAUUAAAAAGUAAUUUUUUAAAAAAUCCAAAGAAAGUAUCUGAAGGAUUCAUGCCAGAUUUUGGACAUAUACAUUAAUACAUGACUUUCACAAUCUGUAACAAUCAAAUCUCUCAAUUUGCCUAACACAUCACUAAUUAACCAAGCACUAUCUUACUGACCAUAUUCUAUCACGUAUCCUCAGCUGUCAAGCCUGGUCUGGGUACACUAACAGUCCAUGCAAAUGGUCUUCAAAUGUCAACCUAUUAAUAUCAGUUACUGUAUCACAAUUUAAUGAAAAACACAAAAGAAGAAAAUUUUAAGCACUUUAUCACACUGAUUUUUAAAAGCGUUUUGUGUUUAUUAACAUUAGUAUGAUAAAUGUUUUUCAAUGCUGUCUUGCUUUUAAAAACAUUGUAAUAUCUUGAUUGUUAUUAAAUGGCUGCAG